AUGUGUGAUGGAUGCUAUACAAUGUGGAAAUGGAAACCAGAAACAGGCGUGAUUGUCAAAGCAAAAGAUCUCAAAGAAAACCUUUCCAGUGCAGAACUUAAAUUACCUCCAGAAUGGGAAAAUGAAAUCUCCGCAGAAGCUUUCAUUGAUAACAAUGAUACAUUAAAGCAAAUGGAAGCUUUAGUAUCAGGCCUCGUAGAAAAUGAUGAUUGGAUGGAGCCUAUUCCUCUUAACAUUUACUAG